AUGGAGGACACAGAGCAUGAUGUCCACGGGUGUCACAGCGCUGUUACUGCUGCUGGCGCUAGCCAGGCGGGGUUGGGGUGCACAGGGCACUCAGCCUCGGGGGUCCUACCCCCUGGGCCCAGGCCGCUCCCACUGCUGGGGAACUUGCUGCAGCUGGAGUCUGGACGGCUGGACCAUACUCUCAUGGAGGUAGCCCCGAGACUUUCUGGCCGCUGGGGCCCGGUGUUCACAGUGCGGCUGGGCCGGCGCCCUGCAGUGGUUCUCUGCGGCUACUCAGCGCUGCGGGACGCAUUAGUGCUGCAGGCGGAUACCUUCUCUGGCCGUGGGGCCACGGCCGUGUUCGAACGCUUCACUCGCCGAAACGGCCAAUGUGCGGAUAGGACCGAGAAGGCUGGGUUUGCAGCAAAAAGGUCUGGAAAGCAGCAGAGUGAAGGGUGGCGAGGAGGCGGGCUCCAAGACCGGACGCUUCCAGGACGGGCGUGGCCAACUCCCCGGGCCGUCCCCUUCUCUGCCCCACCCCCAGGCAUCGUGUUUUCUAACCGGCGGCGCUGGCUGACGCUGCGAAAUUUUGCACUGGGAGCACUGCAGGAGUUCCGGCUAGGAGCGCGGACCAUAGAGGAGCGCAUCUUGGAGGAGGCGGAUUGUCUGCUUGGCGAAUUUCAAGCCACCAUUGGAGCACCGUUUGACCCCCGGCGGCUACUAGAUAAUGCUGUAUCUAAUGUUAUCUGUUCGGUGGUCUUCGGGAACCGCUAUGGCUAUGAGGACCCAGAGUUCCUGAGGCUCCUGGACAGCCUCUUCAAUGACAACUUCCGCAUCAUGAGUUCCAGAUGGGGUGAGAUGUACAAUAUUUCCCCCUCCCUCCUUGACUGGCUCCCGGGUCCACACCACCGAAUCUUUCAAAACUUCACGGAGCUUCAGGUCUUCAUCUCUGAGCAAAUCCAGCAGCACCAACAGACACAGCAGCCAGGGGAGCCCCGCGAUUUCGAUUGCUUCCUCAAUCAGAUGGAGAAGGAACAGAAAGACCCAGAGAGCCAUUUCCAGGAGGAGACGUUGGUGAUGACCACACACAACCUUUUCUUUGGCGACACUGAGACCACAAGCACCGCUCUGCGUUACGGGCUCCUUAUUCUGCUUAAGUACCCUGAGCUCACGCCCUCUGCCCACACCAGCCAAAGUGCAGUGGUAGGUCGGACACGCACCCCAAGGCUGGAGGACCGCAAGCGCCCGCCCUACACCAGCGUGCUGCACGAGAUCCAGCGCUUCAUCAGCGUGCUGCCGCUGGGGCUGCCACGCGCCCUCACCCGGGACACCCACCUGCGUGGCUACUUUUUGCCCAAGGGCACCUUUGUGAUUCCUCUCCUGGUGUCUUCACACCAGGACCCCACCCAAUUCAAGGACCCAGCCUGCUUCAACCCCACCAACUUCCUGGACGACAAGGGCGAGUUCCAGAGCAAAGAUGCCUUCAUGCCCUUUGCCCCAGGCAAGCGAAUGUGUCUGGGUGCAGGCCUGGCACGGUCCGAGAUCUUCCUCUUCCUCACCACCAUCCUGCAGCGGUUCUGUCUGCUCCCCAUGGGGAGCCCCACCAGCAUCGACCUCACCCCACAGUACACUGGCCUGGGCAAUAUUCCCCCAGCCUUCCAGCUCCACCUGGUGGCCCGCUGAGGCCAGGCUCAGCUGCCCUCUGCUCACUGGCUCUCAGACCUCCUUACCUGUCUUGGUCAAUAAAGGCCCUGAAUUGCAAAUGGACAGGUCUCCUUACCAGUAAGAGGGAGAGGAAGAGUCAGAAGUUUGCAGCUCUGAGGUAAACUUUUAUUUCUUGGCUGACAGGACUUUUCACGCCCAUGCUCCUCCCAGCACCUCUUCUCCUGCCCACGUAGUGGCAGCCUAGUCCAAAAGGUGCCAUGGCCAUAGGGGUUGGGGAGUCACUUCACAUUCCAGGCUGGAGGAGUUGGGGGAGAGGGGCUUGGAGAUACUCCCCCGCCACAACAAACCUUUGCCAGCAUUAGGCCAUGACAUUCCCACCCCUAUUCCUGCAUCCUGGCGGGAGGCAGCAAUACCUCCUUCCAGCUCUCCAUGUCUGAGGAGCACGACCAGACAGGGCAAGCCACAGGCCCCCAGCUCCAGUGACGGUAGUUCCCAACGCUGGCCCCUGCCCAGGUCACAACCCCAGCCCCCAUCAAAGGGCAGCAGAGGUCUCUCCUCCUCCUUGGUCCUCAGCGUCAGACGGAGCCCUCCACACCAAGCAGGACAGAGGCAAAGCCAGAAGCAGCAGCGGUGGCAGAAAAGGAGCAGGCACCGAGACCGGUGGGCUGCUGGGCCAGCAGCACAGGGGCCAAAGGCUCUCCCGAAGUCAGGGCAAGCUGUCUGUCCAUGCAGCUCUGGGGCUGGCCACUAGGUGGGCGUAGCAGGUUGUGAGACAGGUACUGGGACACCUUUCUGCCCGGAUGCUGGGGGUGGAGAGGAGAGGAGAGGGGGAGUCAUCAGGGAAGGGACACAGAAGCCAAGAAAAACCUGGGAAGAUGGAGGAGAGGACCAGAAGAAAUGGGGCUCAUGCUGGGGGGUGCUGGGAGAGUGGGGCUGUCUAGAGAAGAUGGGCAGAGAGGAGAAAAAAAUGAGUCACAAAAUUUAGUUAAGAGACUGACAAGGUGAAUUAGGGGACUUGAGGCCUUGGGAGGCACAUGGAAUAGUAAGGGUUUGAGGGAGGGGAUGCCCUCUGGGAAGCAGGUACCUAGCUGAUACUUGUCUUUGGCUGCUGCCCGCUCCUUGGCAUCAAAAUACCAGACAGUGAUGGCGUACCUGGGGACCAGAGCAGCCCCAAAGGGCAGUUAGAGAUUACUUUUCUUCAAUUCCAGCCACCGUAUCCAGUGACACUAGAGUUCACCCUUCGGAGCCUGGUUCUGUUCCCAUCUAGGCCCCUCUCAGCACCUCACCACUCCCUGGCCACUCCCGGGGUCUGACAAGUCUUUGUUGGCACAGAACAGGACACCUGAGCACAUCCCCACAAGCAUGGGUCAUACCUGGUGGCAUAGGCUGGUUUCACCUCAUGGGGGUUCCGCCGAUCAGACCAGAAAAUGAGCAACCGAUCAAAGAGUGGCUCGAUGUUGGCAACCACAGGCCGGCCCUCAGGGAAGAUCUGCAGCAGGCCGCCAUGCACCUGAGGGCAGGCCAGAGGAUGAGGCAGGAGGCUGGCCGGUCCAGCCCCCACCCUCUGCCUUGCACUACCCUGCCCUCCGGAGCCUGCCAAGGGGAUGUGGCAGCUGCACAUAUCAUUCCCUCCCACCACUCAGGUUCUUAAAGUGAAUGACAGCCCAGAGUCUGCAUCACCAUGGAGCCGGGGCAGGAAGCUACUAAAGACAGGAAAUGGGAUAGGGUAGGGGUGGGGGGGAGGGGAGGGGAGUGUUCCUUAGACCAGGGGUGAGGCAGACAGCACCAUUCACCAAAGGGGGAGGGGGGUGCGUGCUGCCACCACAUGGUCAGCUGGAGAGAAGGAGGUGCCAUUUCCCAGGAAAAGCCAGCCAGCAGGCUAACUGCACUGCCCGGCUGUGGACUGAGAAGAGGAACGGGAGAAUGCCAGAAGCUGAGCUGGGAGCGGAAAAUGGAGCGGAUGCAGCCGCCUCACCCUCACCCCCUACCUUGACGUCCCAGUUCUGAUUCAGGUAAUAGAUACAGGUGAUGCAGCGGCCAUCGCCAUGGGGAUUGUCAACAUGCCUCACGUACCCCAGCCCGUUGCCUGGGUAACACGCCACCAUGGCCUGGCAGAGACAGAUGGAGGUGGGUUUACUGGGGCUAGGCAGCGAUAUUUGGGGAAGAAGCCAUUACCUCCUCUCUUUCACCCCUCCGUGCCCCUUGUCUGUCCCCUGACUCCUCCAAGAGCUCCAGCCCCCAGACUUUCUUCUUUUCCAGCUAAGCCACCAUCUACCAGAAACCUCAGCUCUUGGGCCUGAAUAACCCUCUCCCUGUACACACAUGCCCAGAGCCUGGCACCCAGGUGGGGCUCAAUGAGCAACUGAGGAUUUUACUUCUUAAAGAUAAACUGACCCCCGCCCCUCUGAGACCUUUCAGUGGAAUAAAACCAAUUUAAAUGUUUUCUGGUAUGGAAGAAUGUGGCCUACUGCUCUAGACCACGGUUCCUGACCUUGGCUUCAGAGUGGAAUCACCUGGGAUGCUGAUGCCCAGGCCCAUCUCAGAGGUUCUGAAAUAUUUGGUCUAAGGUGGAGGCUGGAAAUUUUAAAGGUUCCCCCAAGUAAUUCUAAUGUGCAGCAAUGCUGAGGACUGCUGCCCUUGACUACAAAGAAUCCCAAGUUGUGUGUUUCCUACACAUAUGAAAAGGUACCCAAACCCUGAGUGUGACUAGAACCUGAAAUCCAACUCCCACUCCAAGAAUGACCUGCUGGGUAGCCCCUGACAGUCCCGUCAUCUAGAUGGGCCUCAAUGGCCUCAUCUGUACUAAACACCUCCUCUGUCUACUGCCCUCUGACUUCAGAACUCUGGAUUCCUGACCCCCACAGACCUAAGAGAAAUCACUCCAGCUCUUGGCUUCAGUGUGUACAGGUCUAGCCACAGGGUUCUGACCUUCUCCCCCUGCUGGGUGCCAUCCCCCUGGCCAGCCUUGACCACAUGGAGGCCUAGGCCCUGGCCACUCGGGGUGCCUGUUUCUCAUUAGGGAGCUGACAGAAAAGUGGAUGUGGUGUAAGGAAAAGGGCCCAGGCAUUCCUUCAGACCUAACUCCCAAGGUUCGAGUCCCAGUGCUGCCACACGAGCUGUAACAUCAAGUGAGAGACUUCACUUCCCUGUCUCAGGUCCCGCAUCCAUGAAAUGGAGCUGAUCAACUACAGGUAUUGUGGGAAGCAAACAAGACAGAUGUUUGGGCAGGCACCAAGCAAGGUGCCUGUCACAUGGAGAGCUGAAGCACAGACUAAAAUGACACUAAAAAAAAAAAAAAAAAAAAAAGUCCCUAUCCUACCCUUUGCCCAAAGCCACUUGGGAGGACUGUGUAAGGCAAAAGGGGAGUACUGGCAGGCAGACCCUCCAGCUCCUUGGACCACCUGUCUCGACGCCUUGACCCACAUUGGUGCCAGGCCAAAGACCACCUGCUGAUGCUCCCCACUAACGCUCAGCUACACCUGUUGGCCACAGCCCUGAAAGACAGCCCUGACCAGGAAGAUUGGCAUCUGCUGCCAAAACAGGAGCCUUGCCUAGCACUCUGUGGCAGGCCAGGCCGACUCAAUCCUCAGCCUUCUUCCAACACAUCACUCCCAGGGCUCAACCCAGCACGAAUGGUAAACAGCUCUGCGUUAAACACGUGUCCCCGAAACAGCACAGCGCCUCCCUGGGGAGGAGCAGCCAGGAGGGCUUCAGCUGGGUAAGGCCAUCCAGCCGUGGAGAGCCAUGCUUCUCUCUGGCAGCGCCAGGGCGAGACCUUGGCCCCCACACCCCCGGUUCAGGAGAACCUUCUUUGCACUACUCACUCCCUGCAAACGGGUCAGUGUUCUGAGCAACCACACCACUGGGAGGAAGAAUGUGGCUAUGUCCGGGUGGCCUGCCAUCAAGCCCUCCCCAGACAGAAUCCAAGCAGAGAUUUUGCUGGUUCUGCACAAGGACGGGGUGAGGAAGGGAGUCCAGUGCUGUGGCGUCUUUCCCACAAUCCAUCCCCACACGGCAGCCAGAGACCCUUUUCUCCAGCUCCUCCUUGCUCAGAUCCCUUCAAGACCCCCACCACAUUCCAAGAAAACACAAAAUAUAAAUUGUGUAUUUUCACAGCCUCAGCCUUCAAGGCCACCAACCUCACCUACCAUCCCCAUCACUCUGCUCCAGCACCUCAGGCCUCCUCACUGCUCUCACCAGACCAAGCUCAGCCACAAGGCCUCUGCACCUGCCUGGUACACACUUCCCCUGGUCCUCCUUGUUCACGUCUCGGGUCCAAGGGCACCUUGAGUAUCCAGCUGAAUACACCUGGGCUGACCUUCCAUUCUACCCUCUCAACGUGAAAUCAGCACAAGUACUUGUUUACCUAGUACUGGCCUGACAGGCAGGCCCAUGGAAGCCUCUGGGGCCGAGCUUGUCUCCCUAGCGCCCAGGCAGUAGCUGCUGACUGAAAGCACUCCUCUGGGUCUCAGGGACUCCAACCUGUCCGGCCCUCCACACCCUUACACAGGGUCUCCCACCAUGCAUGCAGGGACAGCGUCUGUAUUCUGGCAUGGAAUGGGAGUCGUGCAUGAAGGCUGGCAACAGAAACAGGCCCUUUAAACUCCCACCAAUCCCCCCACCCACCCACCCCCACACACACCAUGGCCCCAGAGAAGAAGCUACUUCCGCUCCUACAAGGGAAAAGGACAACAAGCAGAGUGACAUGGAAGUCUGCUCCUCACCCUCCCAUCUCAGGGAAGGGGUAGCUUGUGUCAGAGCCAGGAGACUUAAAGAUUUAAGGGCUAUUGGUGACAAUGUGCCAAAAACCCAAACCCAAACACACACACACACACACACACACACACACACACACACACACACAGAGUCAGAAACUGGGGAGUGAGACAGUCCCACCUCCAAGCUGCUCUGAAAGGGACAAACCCAAGCCAGCCAGGCCCGCCCUAUGGUCCCCAAUGCCAGUCCUUGAUGCCAGUGGGAGUCAACUCUCUCCCAUCUGCAGGUCAACUGAGCAGAGACACUAGAGAAAGUUGGGAGAACAAAACACAGGAGUUCCACUGAAGAAUGACCAAUAGAUGGGGUGCCUGAGUGGCUCAGUCGGUUAAGUGUGCGACUUUGGCUCAGGUCAUGAUCUCGCGGUUCCUGAGAAUGACCCCCGUGUCCGGCUCUGUGAGGACACUCAGAGCCUAAAGCCUACUUCGAGUUCUGUGUCUCCCUCUCUCUCUCUGCUCCUCCCCUGCUCACACUCUCUCUUUCUCUCUCUCAAAAAUAAACAAACAUUAAAAAAAAAAAAGAA